GCAGCCAGUAGAGAGCACUGAGCCAGCAGAGGAAUUCAACAGGUCUACCUAUAUAGACAUCUCUCUCUCUCUCUCUCUCUCUCUGUCUCUCUGUCUCUUCCAGUGUGGAUGUGUAGAGACUGCAUGCACUCAUUCUGUGUGAUGGAUGGAAUUAAAGGCUCCAUGGUUUGGAAAACAGUCACUCUGCAAUAACCUCAAGAAGUUCUGGCAUCUGGAAUAUUGCACCUGGGAGAUCAGUUUGGUGGAAUUUAAAGACAUCAGUAAGUAUACUCUUCAUUCAGCAGCGGUAGCUGUUUUUCCCCCGUCAUGAAGAGGUCUCUUCCCCUGCCCGGCUGGGUUAGAGCGGCGAGCUUGCUCCUGUGUUUGACCCGGACCGUCCUGGCCGUGGUCCUCACCAACUCCACGCAACUCGAGUCCAUCCUGGACAAGUACAGGGUCAAGGAUGAGGAGUGGUGGAGAGCCAGGUCGAGAGGGAAGAGGGCCAUCAGCGAGGGGGACAUGCACCUCAUCCUGGACUUGCACAACCAGCUGCGGGGUCAGGUCCACCCUCCUGCCGCCAACAUGGAGUACAUGGUAUGGGAUUAUGAGUUGGAGAGGAGCGCAGAGCACUGGGCACAUACCUGCCGAUGGGAACAUGGACCGAGCCACAUGUUGACACAAAUAGGCCAAAACCUUGGAGCGCACUGGGGCAGGGACCGCCCCCCUACCUUCCAUGUUCAGGCCUGGUAUGAUGAGGUGAGGCACUACACCUAUCCCUACUCCCAGGAGUGUAACCCACACUGCCCACUCAGGUGUUCAGGACCUGUUUGUACUCACUACACUCAGUUGGUGUGGGCGACUAGCAAUCGUAUUGGCUGUGCCAUCAACGUGUGUUACAACAUGAACGUGUGGGGAAUGAUCUGGACUAAAGCGGUCUAUCUGGUCUGCAACUACUCUCCACCGGGGAACUGGUGGGGUCAUGCUCCAUAUAAAUAUGGAACUCCCUGUUCUGCCUGUCCAGCUAGCUAUGGUGGAGGCUGCAGGGACAAUCUCUGCUACAAAGACGGGGGCGUUGACAGGCGACCAGCUCCUGAGAUUGAGGAGACCAACUACAUUGAACCUGAACCAGAACCAGUAAGGGACCGGGAUCCCCAACCCAGGGCCCAGACACCAGACCCCUCGCCCAAUGACAACCUAGAGAGAAACCAGGUUGUCAGCACAGAGCAGAUGUGUCAACAGGUCGACUGUGAGACCAAGCUGAGAGAUCAGUGCAAGGGGACGACCUGUAACAGAUACGAGUGUCCACCCGGCUGCCUCGACACGCCUGGAAAAGCGGUCGGGACUGGAUAUUAUGACAUGCAAUCCAGCGUUUGUGGAGCUGGUUUACACUCUGGUGUUAUUGACAAUGAUGGAGGAUGGCUGGAUGUGACCAGACUGGGCAGAAAACAACAAUUCACCAAGUCAUACAAGAAUGGUAUUCAAUCAAUUGGGAAAAACAGAAGUGCAAAUUCCUUCAAAGUAGAGUCGGUGCCUGUCAAGGCAGUAACAUGCGACACCACCGUUGCACUUUUCUGCCCUUUCAAGAAACCUGUACGACACUGUCCCAGGUUGUACUGUCCCAGGAACUGUCUGCGUGACAGUCGAGCCCGAGUCAUCGGGACAAAAUACUACUCAGAUAAAUCCAGUAUCUGCCGAGCAGCCGUUCAUGCUGGAGUGAUCCAGAAUGAGUCGGGAGGGUACCUCGACGUGAUGCCUGUGGACAAAAGGAAGCAGUACAGUGGCAGUUACCAGAACGGCAUCACCUCAGAGAGCCUGAUGAGCCCAACAGGUGGAAAAGCCUUCAGAGUGUUUGCAGUCAUCUGAAAAACCACUCUCAAAGGACAGAGUACCAUCAAACAUGGCCACUUCACAUCCAGCAAACCCACUCAUUAUCAUUUUACAACCUGCAAUUACAUUCAUUCCUACAGUAAAUAUGUACUAAAAGUGUUAACAUGGCUUCACUCAAGGCUUCCCCUCUUAAGUUUGGUCAUGAGUGACCCAGUGUCCAAUAAUAGCUUAGCAAAGGCAGUUUGGUGAAUGAUGAUCCUGGAUCCUAAAUUUCUAGUGCUGACCGUAAUAGUCACAUUGGGCCACGAUAUCAUGACUUCAUGCUUUUUAUCACCUAAGGUUGAACAUACACCACCAGAUUUAGCACCACUCCAAAUGCCUUCCACAGAGGUUUUUACCAAAGUAAUUUUAGAUGCAGUAUGCCUCAGCUCUCUGUAGACACACACUAGCUAAAUAACGGGGCAGUCAGAUACCGAGUCAUAAAAUCUGUUCAGACAUUUCAUGGGAACAAAAUUAGAAGACUGGUUAUUCAGAAUAUCCGUGCUGAGAUUAAAACGCUGAGUAUUUGAUGCCCACACACACACCAAAACACUGUCUUGUAUAUUCUAUGGAGGACCAAACCAGGCAAAUUAUUAAAGGUCCCAUAUCGUGCUCAUUUUCAGGUUCAUACUUGUAUUUUGUGUUUCUACUAUAGAACAUGUUUACAUGCUGUAAUGUUCAAAAAACACUUUAUUUUCCUCAUACUG